GACUGGCCACCCGCGUCCGAAGGUGCCGCUUCUUUUAAUCGCGAGUGUCGCGUACCUGGCCACGACGUUCGUUUCUUGUGUUUCGCGUCGCGCGACAUUGAAAUUCCCAGUGCAGUUCCAGUGGAGUUUCCAUCGGCUAGGCGAGAAAUAAGGAACGUUCGACGAUCGCUGCCCCGAUUGGUCCUCGGAUGGGACGUACGUGUCCGAUAGUUUGCGAGUGAUAAUCUCAUUGAUGACAGGGACGUCGGCUCGCGAUGGAGGAUCGUCGAGGCGCAAGAAAUGCCCGCUCGGACGCCAAAGCGUCAACGAACCGCGGCUGAGCUCUCAAUCCUCCUGAAUGGAACCCUCGACACUUGGAAGCGGCGGGUAACUGCGUGGCAAGCGAACGACAGACGCGCCCGGGGGGUGGCUAUAAUAAGCAUUCCGUGGAAAACGGCUGAAAAAUGAGGAGCUCGUGGUCCCUGUGCUCGCUGGUGUCGCUUAUGCUGGCGGUGAACAGCCUGCAAACCGGCGGGCUCACGAGGGGCGGUAGCGGUAUUCAAAUCGGCACCAGCGACAGGGCAACGCACACCAAGGGGCUAGGAUUCGGACGGGGAACGGGGGUGAGGCUUGGCGAGGGCAGAUUUCCAAAUUCAACGAGGCAGAGAUCGUUUACCACCACUACGACCACUACACCGUCGCCACCGCGAUUCACCCACGCGCCGCACUCGGAGGGAGGCGCUCAUAAUAUCACCCUUCUGGAGGUGGGCUUGAUGGUGCCGCACAAGUCAUUUGGUGUGAGGGAGUACACGAAGGCGGUGACGUCUGCUGUCAUCAUGCUUCAGAAGAGCACGAGGGGGCCAAAAUUAAAACUUUUCGAACGAUACGACAUUCACGUGAAGGUUGCCAUGAAGGCGCUGACGCCAAGUCCCACCACAAUCCUGAACUCGCUGUGCAAGGAGUUUCUGCCGACGAACGUGUCAGCCAUCUUGUACCUGAUGAACUACGAACAAUACGGCCGUAGCACUGCCAGUGCACAAUACUUUCUGCAAUUGGCUGGCUAUCUUGGAAUCCCAGUGAUUGCAUGGAACGCCGAUAACUCGGGAUUAGAACGGAGAGCCUCGCAGAGCAACCUGCAGCUGCAGCUGGCGCCGUCGUUGGAGCACCAAACGGCCGCGAUGCUGAGCAUCCUCGAGAGGUACAAAUGGCACCAAUUCAGCGUAGUCACAUCGCAGAUUGCCGGCCACGACGACUUCGUGCAGGCGGUCAGAGAGAGAAUCUCGGACAUGCAGGACACCUUCAAGUUCACGAUAUUAAGCGCGGUUCUGGUCACCGAACCCCACGACCUGCUGGAGUUGGUCAACAGCGAGUCGAGAGUGAUGCUACUCUACUCGACUAAGGAGGAGGCCACUCACAUACUGACCGCCGCCCAUGAUUACCAGAUCACCGGGGAAAAUUACGUGUGGGUGGUCACCCAGAGCGUCAUUCAGGACUUGCAGACGUCUAGCCAAUUUCCGAUCGGAAUGCUCGGUGUGCAUUUUGAUACACGCACGGAUAGUUUGGUAAAUGAAAUCACGACAGCAGUCAAGGUUUAUGCGUAUGGCGUCGAAGACUUUCUGAACGACAACGAGCACCUGAGUCUAAACACUCAGCUCAGCUGCGAGGAAAACUUCGGGGAAUCACGCUGGAACACUGGGGACAUGUUUUUCAAAUACUUGAAGAACGUGUCGGUGGAGGGUGAACACGGAAAGCCAAACGUAGAGUUCACUCAAGACGGUGUUCUGAAAGCAGCGGAAUUGAAGAUCAUGAAUCUUCGUCCUGGCGUGAGCAAACAACUCGCUUGGGAGCAGAUCGGCGUCUGGAAGUCCUGGGAGAAGGAGGGUCUGGACAUCAAGGACAUUGUCUGGCCAGGAAACAGCCAUACGCCCCCUCAAGGAGUGCCGGAGAAGUUUUAUUUGAAAAUAACCUUCUUGGAAGAGCCGCCCUACAUCAAUCUCGCGCCACCGGACCCUGUAAGCGGAAAAUGUCUGGUGGAUCGUGGCGUUCACUGCCGAGUGGCCAAGGAGUCCGACAUGGUCGAGAUGGACAUUCAAUCGGCGCAGAAGAACGAAAGCUUCUAUCAGUGCUGCAGCGGGUUCUGCAUCGACCUGCUUCAGAAGUUCUCUGAAGAAAUUGGAUUUACUUACGAGCUUGUUAGGGUAGAAGACGGCAAGUGGGGCACGCUAGAGAAUGGGAAAUGGAAUGGUCUGAUUGCGGACCUGGUAAAUCGAAAGACCGACAUGGUGAUGACGUCUUUAAUGAUUAAUUCUGAAAGAGAAGCCGUGGUGGACUUCACAGUGCCGUACAUGGAAACUGGAAUCGCAAUUGUGGUAGCCAAGAGGACCGGUAUAAUAUCUCCUACUGCCUUCCUUGAACCGUUCGACACAGCAUCUUGGAUGCUGGUUGGCAUCGUUGCCAUACACGCUGCCACUGUAAUGAUACUGCUCUUCGAAUGGUUAUCGCCAUCCGGUUUCAACAUGAAGAAGAAUCCGUCACCGAACCAUCGCUUCUCGUUCUGUCGCACGUACUGGCUGGUCUGGGCCGUAUUAUUUCAGGCAGCCGUCCAUAUCGAUUCUCCCAGGGGAUUCACAGCCAGAUUCAUGACAAAUGUGUGGGCGCUGUUCGCCGUGGUGUUCCUCGCCAUUUACACUGCUAACCUGGCCGCCUUCAUGAUCACGAGGGAAGAGUUCCACGAAUUCAGCGGAGUGGAUGAUCUUCGUUUGGCGAAACCGUUUUCCCACAAGCCCAUGUUCAAAUUCGGCACCAUACCGUGGAGUCACACGGACAGCACACUCGCGAAAUAUUUCAAGGAGAUGCACGCGUACAUGAAGGCCUUCAACAAAACCAGCGUCGCCGAGGGGAUCGAAGCAGUUAUCAGCGGAGAAAUGGACGCUUUUAUCUACGAUGGAACGGUUUUGGACUAUUUGGUUGCACAAGACGAGGACUGCCGACUGCUGACCGUGGGUUCCUGGUACGCCAUGACAGGAUACGGUCUCGCGUUUUCAAGAAACUCCAAGUACCUACAGAUGUUCAACAAACGUCUAUUGGACUACAGGAACAAUGGGGAUUUGGAACGUCUGAGAAGGUACUGGAUGACGGGCACCUGUAAGCCAGGAAGAGAGGUUCAAAAGAGCAGCGAUCCCUUGGCACUGGAACAGUUCUUGUCCGCGUUUCUCUUACUGAUGAUGGGAAUUCUCUUGGCCGCGGCCUUUCUACUUCUAGAACAUUUGUAUUUCAAAUAUGUCAGACAGCAUCUGGCGCGGAGCGACGGUGGUGGUUGUUGCGCACUUUUCAGCUUGAGUAUGGGAAAGUCUUUAACGUUCCGUGGAGCAGUGUACGAGGCACAGGACAUCCUGAGGUACCACAGAUGCAGGGACCCCAUCUGCGAUACUCAUUUGUGGAAGGUCAAGCACGAGCUGGACAUGGCCAGGAUCAGGAUACGACAGCUGGAAAAGGAUCUCGAGGCGCACGGGAUAAAACCAACACAGACUAAGAGGAAAACCGGAAGUCUCGGCUGGUGGCGAGGAUGCUUUCAAAGCUCGGAACGCCAUACACCACCGGAGCCAUUGGCGGUGGAAGCUCCGCAUCCGCUACCGCCAUACUUCGAUUCAUUCAUCGACGCCAUCGAUGUAGCCAGGCCUAGGGACAUGACCAGGAAUCACGUAGUCAGCACAGAAUUUUCCGGAAAAUUUUUGCCGCCAGAGAUCUACAGGAUCCCAGACGACGGCCCCGCCAGGACGGAAAUCGCCGAGAUGGAGACAGUUCUGUGAUCGUAGAAAGCCGGCGCCGAUUGCCUAGCCCCAUCAGCUGAAAGGGAAGCGCGACCGUAAAGGGUUCCCCAGGAGCAGAUUCGGAUCGCUUCCCCAUUUUGGACAACGAGUUUCUUGCCUCGUGGCCUCCCCGAGGCUCCCUUCGGAACGGAGCAUCCGUAAUAGAAGUGUUCGUUUGCCAACCGAAGCUUAACGAGCCCCGCGAGGACGGUCGAGACAACCAAAUUUUCGCGCACUAAGAAGACAUAGGAAAACGUUUCAGUGCCUAUGAAGAGAAUCAGGAAAACCGAGUUCCGAUCGUUUUCCACUCGCCGAGGGCUCACUCGUGCUAUCGAGCCUCCAUUGGACGAAGAUUUGAUCGAGGACCUUUUAGCGAAAUGGCGUGUGAGCACACGCGAGAGCGUCAUUGAUCUUUGUGUGCUACAUUUGGUACGGAACUUAUAAACUUACACUUCUGGACGGAGGCCGCCAUCUUUGAGAAUGGGCCACGCGCGCCACCUCAGUGGCGAUUGAGUAUUGAGAUUCUGAGGUAAUAGUUUCCUGGGGAAUAAUGUGAAAUAUAAAGAGUGGAGUCAGUUAAACAAAUAUCUAUGGCGAAAGUACUUAAAGGUGAAAUAUAUUAGGGAUGACCAUAUGACAAGCAUCGAGCUGGUUUUGAUAUUUAGUCUACCGAUGGAAGAAUAAUUCCAUCGUGUUUUUCCAUCGGGUAAUACACUAAUUUAUAUAAAUAAAUGUCAAUUUUAAUAAUGAAAUCAUUUCUUUAAAAUGUAGUAGUGGUUAAGUCGCCACACAGACCGUGCACGUGGCUGUUUCUUAAAGAUGACAGCCUCUACGUUCAUACAGAGGCAAGGCUAUUAUCGACAAAUACAGUUAGCGUAUUAAUUAAAUUUUCUACUGGUAAAUACAAGCUUUUGUGAAAAAUAAUAAUUUAAUGCAGGAAUGCAAUGCAUCCAAACUAUAUGAUACUGUUAAUUUAAUUUAAAAGGUGUCGUUAAGUGUAAACGUGACACAAUGAAAUCUUUACACAACGAUACAAACAUUAUUACUUUCUGAUUAUUACUUCCUUCACAGUUUAUUUCAAUUCCUAUUUCUAUCGCAUUAAACCAUGAUUUUUAACAAAAAUUGAUAUCAAUCCAAAGCUUAAUCAAUACUUAUUAUAUUUCUAUCCAUCAAGAUCCUGGAAUAUAUAUUUCAAAAGGAUGCUAACAGUCUCGACGCAGAUCCUUGCUCAACUAUUAGCCAAUGGCCAAUUUUUAGCCCUCUGUCAAACCUCUGCCAAUUCUCUCACGAUGGAAAGCCGAUAGCACGAGUGAGUCCUAACGCGUGCUCAAUCUCGUAAUUACAGUGUUAGCAGGCCGUCUGUUUCUAGACAUUAUCGUUCCUUCGAGAAAAAUAAAAAGAUAAACAAAGAAGUUGUGUCGGUUCGCAUCGUGAUCUCGUCCAGAAACCUCUUUGGACGCCCCAUGACACUUUUUACAGUCUGUGGUGUUUAUCGUAUCGUCCAACGAGACGCAUCGAUCAAUCGAACGCUAUGUAGCUGCACGUUACACGCGGUACAAGUUUAUAUUUUACACGAGAAAACGCAGAGAAUCAGACUGACCCCGACGGAGCCUGAUCGAGAACAAUUUUAAACAUCAAAACGAGAAGCGUGUGCUUCAGGGAUUUACGCUGGAACUAAACGUCUACGCCCACGUUUCACUCGUAAACAACGGAGAGGAUUCACCGAUAUUGUAAUAAAUUGCGUUUACGAUUAUUGGAGCGAAUUGUGUUUGUAUCGUUCGAUGAUUCUUCGUUACUUUCGAUUUUCCUAGAAGUCGAACGACACGCGUCGCGUGAUUCGAAGGUGAUCAAACGCGAGUUCAAAGACUUUGUGCUGUUAAGAGGAUUGUUUCGACAGAGUAGAUGGGAAGAAUUGCAACAGCUGGAACCAAUGUAAAACCGACGAAUAAAAAAGAAAAGGGAGAGAAAUGAAGUAAGUUUAUUCAAGCAGCAACAAUGCAAUAGAUAGUUUAUUGAAAUUCCUAAAUCUUUUGAAAACUCAUUGAAAAACUUUGUACGAAACUUCGACCCGUUUUCAAAAAGAAAGAAAAAUAAUAAUAGGGGACGAACUUCGAGCCGACGAGCGUCGAAACGAAUGCUGAGGCGAACAAAAACUAGGAGAAAAUAAAUCGUUGGGUAAAUGCCAAUCGAUAUCUUGAUUGGGAAUGUCAAUGUUUAUCGUACGAGAUAACUAUGGCAUUUGAGUAUAUCAUAUAUAUAUUUAAUACGUAAUGUACACACGAGCUACCGUUACACGUUAAGUAUGUAUAUUGUGGUAAACGAUGAAAUAUUCUAAAAGAAACCUACUUCCAGGACGUAAUAUGCUCAACAAAAGUACAUGUAUAUUAAAUUCACCGGGUGUAACAAUUAAAUAAAUAUGUGGAGUGGCAGGCGUCGCGUGACAAAUUUUAAGAGGGAAUGCGCUGGAAGUGGUCCGAUGAUAGUUAUCGUUCUAAAUGCAGUUGAUGUUUUAGGUGUCAGACAAAAUGUUGUUGUUUUGAAGUUGCAGAAAGAAAAGAAGGAAGGAUAAUAGUAUUAUAUAUUAUUACUAUUAAUUUAUAAUUCAUGAACUAAUUAAGAUCGACUGAAUAGAUCACCUAUCUAAAUAAAAAUGUCGAGUAAAGAACAGUAGGUAAACAACGAAACAAUAAAUAAAUGAAGAUGUAUUUAAAUUAUAAAAUGAAAUAAAAUUUGAAUUAUGAAAUUAAAUAUUUAAAACAUAAACGAGUAGAAGUUUGUUAUAAAAUUUAUGAGAAUUGCUCUCUUUGUUCUUGAAGAAUAAUUCGCAUUUUUCGAAGAACAUCGAUUGAAUUGUAAGAAAAUUAAAAAAAAAGUUUAAAAUCAUUCGCGUUUAGUCAUCCCAGGAUCAAAAUAAAUUUUAUUCUCGCUGCUAUUACCUUCAAAAAAGAUUUAGAGCCAUAAUCGUCAUACGACCAGUCCGUAUUUGAAACUUAUUUCUACGAAACGGUGGAAGGAUAGGGACAAAUCGAAACAAACUGUUUUACAAUACGCAACGGUGCCUGAGGCAGUAAAUUUCUGCGUGUAAUCUGUACAUUAAUAUUUUUUAGAUAAAAGAAAAUAAAAAGGAAGCGUCGAUUUCACGACCACGCCGAUUCGACGGCCUGGCGCUCCACAGGUUUUUGCAAACGAAAUUUAUCUUCGUAAAGAGUAGAUAAAGAUGGAAGUCCUUUUGAAACGCCGCCCCCCCCCCUCCCCCACGCCAAGAAAACCAAGAAUUUUGUGUGUGUAGGAAUCGACAGAGAUAGGAUUAAUGUUCUAAAACUACGUCUGCUGUACAUAUAACGCAUUGUAUCGUAUAAGCCACAAAGUGUGCCGCGGAGAACACGAUUCUUCUUUGCGCCAUUUUCAUUAUCGGUUCGACAAUUUGCAGUAAAAAAAAAACACCGCGGCGAUCCUGGUAGUUAUUUGACUCUUUGCUGACGGCUAUCUUUAAAGGAUGAAGAUUAAAACGGUUAGAACCAUUUUGGAGCAACUGACAGAUGGCUAUCGAGUAUCUAAAAAUUAGUUUGUCCAAUGCGUGUCUUUUAUUUUACAGCGAUCGAAUGAAACACAUUUUCAAUUGGGUGGAGAAAUAAAAAAAUGAGUUUUCAAAUUCCUUUUAAGAGUAAAAUUUGAUUUAUUCGAUUUGAAUUGUCGAUUUUUAGUUAGGCAUACUUAAAGUGUUGGAGUGUUUUAUAUCGUUACAUAUUGUAGUUAUAAUACUCUUACAUAUUUUAUUUGUUUUGUUUUAUGUUUCAUUUGUACCAACCAUAAAAUUAUACAAAUUACAUUAACAGUAUUUAAAUUGAAAUCAAAGAGAACAGUGACAAAUCCUGACACGCGUCUAAAAUGGUGAAAGUGUGUUGUCCAGUAUAUCGUUGUCAUCCGUCUGCAAAGGGUUAACUCGAUUAAUCAGUUUGUAAAGUAAACGAGAUCAGAACUCGUGGCCAUAUGGAGCCUGUAUCGUGGGAUGUUUACUUUUGCUUCCAAUUUCUUUCAUUUGUUAUUUAUAAUUCAACAAUGAUCAAAUAUUUGCUUCCCAGAGUUCUACUUUUGUGACUUACAUCGCGCACAAGAUAUUCCGCUGAAAAAGCACUUGUUUCGACUCUUCGUAUCGACACUUUGCAUGGCAGAAUCUGAAUGAAAAUCAAAACAAUAUUCAAAGAUACGUUUUUAUUGUUGAAUAAAAAUUAGAAUUUAAUGGUGAAUACGUUUAAUGUUUUAAAUAGUAGAAUUUAUCACUUUGGGAAUGUACGUUAUAAAAUUUAUGAUUUAAAAGGUCUUGAAUUAAUAUUGCGUGGAUGCAAUAUAUAACUUUGUGAUGGGACUAAUUAUUUUACUUACGUAAUAUAAAACUAUUUAAGGUGAUAAAUAUAUAUGUAUCAGCCUCUCAAAACAGAAGGGAGAAUUUUUAAUUUAAUUAAUCAAAAGGUUCAACUUCUCUGAAAGAAGAAACAGGUUAACAUAAAUUUAAAAAAUCAGAUAUUUUAUUCAUAAUUUAUCAUGUUUUCCUAACUUAGAUACUGAGGAUAGUGAUAAAUUCGACCACCUGAAAUAUGAAAUAUAUUAAAUAUGUUUUAAUUAAACAAUUAAGAGGUUCAGCUUUCCUAAAAGUGGAAACAAGUUAACACAAAUUCUAAACAGUCAAACGUUUUACUUCUAAUUCGUAAUUUUUCUGUAGCUUAAAUUUUGAGGAUAUUUUUGAUUGCACACGUGAUUGCAAAGGAAGGAGUCGUUGCGAGGAAAAGAGUCAAGUGCUGGACACAGCACAAUUCAAAUAAUGAUAAGUUGCUAUCGGAGAACAUGUUGUUACUGUUGUUGUUAAAGAUAAUGGAAGUGUUACAUUGUUAAGUCGCGAGAAAAAGAGAGAGAGAGAGAGAGAGAGAGAGAGAGAGAGAGAGAGAGAGAGAUGUAGCGAGAACGAGAAUAUUAGUUACUUCCCAGAAGAAACAAAGAAGAAAAAAAAGUGAUUAGACGUACCGACUACGUCGCAACUAAUAUCUUUACCUACUACUGUUAAGUACCUAAGUCGUCGCAAAGCUUUCGCCCCCGUUUCACAAUCGACAGAGACGAUACGCUAUUUCCAUCCGGCACAAGAUGAUUUUUCUCUUUCCAUCGUGUGCGCACUCGCGACUAAAUCGUUAACCGUUAAGACUAUCGUUAGAAUUCUAUGAAACCGUUAGAACGUAAACUCGAUGGUGGUUCUGGACAAUAGAUCUAUCCGAGUGGGUGUCAAUCUGAUCCGAGAAUUCGUAAUUAUACAACUAACACACGAAGGGGAGGGUUAAAAAUUCUACUUGAACCUUUCAGACCUGAAUUUCACAUCUAACGAAUCAAUAAUUUUCUUUUAAACAGUUUUGAAUCAACUGUACAUAUACUGUUUAAAAUUAAUUAAAGAAGAUUACUCCGCUGUUUCAUAAGUAUACAUGUAUACUUCAUACAGCACAUACGUACCAACAAUAUUUAUUGUAUAUCAUAAAAUUAUUGAAGACUGCGUGAUGUGAAAUGAAGAGUCAUUACUCAAGUGGUGUUUAUUUGUCUAACACUUAUUUCUUCUUAUUAUUCAUAAUGAAAACUUAAUUGAAAAAAAGGACUCUUUAAAAUCGUCCUUAAUCCAUUUCUUAAAACAAUCGCACAUACACUUCUAAUUAAGUAGAGAAACUUCAUUUUAAUAAGAUGAGUAUUUCCAGCAUGACCAAUCGAAUUUGCGUUGACCCCAGUCGGAAAUACCUAAACCAAAAAUCGUGCGCACACACGAAAUAGCGGCCUUAAUGAUUUUUAAACGGAUUACUCUUGAGCGUAAAACUAAUCGUCCCGAUAGGAACCAUCGGUUUCCUCCCGUCAUUUUCAUCUCGAAACCACUUCAUUCGUUCAUUUAUUUGACGCCAAGACUCUUCCGAUUAGAUGGCAUUCAUUUACAUUUGAAAUAUUCAUAAAACAUUUAUACAUUGUAUUAUAUUACAUUAGUUUUAUAAUAUUAUUAUAAUUAUAUACUUAUUAUUAUAAUAAUAUUUAUAAUAUACUUAUAUAUUAUAUACUUAUAAUUAUAAUAAUUGGUUCUAUAAUAUAAUAACAUCUUAUAAUAUAUAUAAAUAUUUAUAAUUUAUUAUUCAUAAUCAUUGUCGAUACUAUUUUUGAAUACAAUGUGCCAAAACGUAUUACGAGUAGAACAAGAAAAGAGAACAGCAAUCAGAGGUCCCAUUAGCAGGAUACAAGCAUAUCAAUAACAUUACCAAAUAAUCAAUUUCCUUUCAAAUGUCAACUCAGAACGAAGAGAAAAUCGAUGUACCUCUUUUCACACGAUUUUUAUCAUUUUAAUAUAAAUAAUACAACGAAAUACGAAUCAUUACUACUCUACGCAUCUUAAUGAUAGCUCAAUCUGCGUUCAGUUCACAAUGGCAGAGUGUAAACUAAACUAUUUUGUAGAUUAGUCUUUCCAAAACUGUCGAAGCUUCGUUUGUAUGGUGAAUCCUGUCUAAGAGACGCGUGGUUAUCCCCGCUAUUUCUUGGAAUUGCUUCAGGUUCCAGAUGGGGGCAUGACGACCAAAGUGGGGACGAUCCUAAGGGUGGAGGUAUUAGUUUUGUUGACGUUUAAGAGGCACAAAGCGAAUACGUGUCAACGUCUCCUAAACAGGAUUCCCUGUAUCACAUCUUAUUCGAUAUGAAGGCUAUAAAUUGUAAAGUUUCACGGUUUAUCACCUGUAAAAGCCAAUCAGUAGUCAACUAAUUAAAUUUAAAGCAAUAAAUCGGGAGAGUCGAAGCUCGAGUCUAAACCAACAUCCCUAAAGCAAAGGAAAAAUUCUUAUGCACAUAAAACGUUUCGAAUAACGAAUGGAAACAUAAAUAACAUUCGUUUCAUUAUUUGCUCGAUAAUAAUCACUCUUGAUCAUCAACGUGGAAUUAUAUUUCACGAAUGAACAGAAGCUUACCCCCCGAAUAAUUUCAUCGAAUAAACGUUGCGAAUAAAUCCGUGUGCGGAAUUUUUAAUCGAAUAAAAUUCUGCCCAUCUCUGCCCUAAGCUAGAUUAGUGAUAAAAAAAAUUAAAAAAAAUAAUAAUGCGUCGUCGUACGAUGUGACCGGCUUUGUACCAACUGACAGGUUGAAAAAUGAUGAUUUUUUGCGACCAUCGCGAUUAUGGUUGCAAUUAUAUGAAUGCGUGUGUGCCAAAAAGGUUAUAAUGAAUCCGCGCGUGUAUACUCUGUGCGUCGUGUACUCGUCUAUGUACAUAAGGGAAAUGAUAAGGUGUAGAACGAGGUGAUUUUUCGUGGAUCCUCGUUUUUGCUUUCUCGUCUUCAGCAUCGAGGAUAAUUUAGCGCGAUGAACAACCCCUAGGAUUAGGCGUAGACCAGCAAAAUAAGUUUAGCGUUAAAAACCUCGCCAACUGGAAACUUUUUGAACGGCCUCGAAAUCGAAGAGGCGUCGCAUUUGUGUCAGCGUACAUUUUUAAUGGGAAAAAAAAAUUACACUAAGGAUAACGAUAAACAAUUGAUAAAAAAUAAGCAGCGAAGAUAACGAAGAGUUCGCCAGUUCCGCGGUAGCAAAAUGGGAAGAAUAGGCGAGAGCAAACUGCGCGGUGACGACUUAAUAGAAGCCAUUGUAAGCAUUUCUACUGUUAAGGGGAUUGUGAACGAAUCGUUUCGCGGAACGUGCGAACCGAUGGCUUUUAAGGAACAUAUGUGGCACGUGAUUGUAUGUUGUUUCAAAUAAAAACAUUGUUGUUUUGUAUACUACAACGACGUAGCCUCCUGUAGUACAGAACCUUGAUUACUGCUGCUUCUGUUAUUGCAACCUCGAUAACUGCAUCAUCAUUCAUUACAGCCUCGAUUAUUGCAACCUCUGUUGUUAGAAACUUUGAUUAAUGCCAUCUCUGACAUUUGUUACCUACGCAGCUGCAUCCACUCUUAUUACAACCUUGAUUAUUGCAACAUUGCAAUAAACUAAUUGCAAAAUGUGGCGAUAAUUGCAAAUACUAAAUGGUGGCGCCAAGUUUGUCGAGAAAUAAUUCUUAGUUUUUGACGCUAGAUUGGACUACCAAUAUCUCUUUACCGACAUUAGGGUAAAUUGAAAUAUUCUAUACUAUUACGUCUAAUAAUGGCCUUGUAAUUAUACAACAGGUGUUAUAAUGCUUGAAAUCAACCUAGGAAACAUUUCUGGACCUUUAUUUGUCGCCAAGGAAGUCUAGAACAAAUUGGUUACUGCGUUAGCGAUGAAAUACUUCUCUGUUGAACAGAUAUCCUUUAGACCACUACAACGUAAAGGAAACAAGUUACUACAGGUUCCAGCUAUUGAAUAUUAGGCUUGAAAGAAUGUAAAGCUGCGUUUUGUCAAUAAAAAUUGAAUUGAGAACAAGUGUUAAUUGGGGGGGGGGGGGCGGCGGUCAAGUAAACAACCGCUUUUUCGCGAAUUAUUUUUGAAGAGUGCGUAAUAUAUAUUUAUUUACGACUAAUUACUUGUUAUUUUGUAGCAUCUAGCUAAUCUAUAUAAUUUUUUUUUAUGUAAAAAUAUGAACAACAGAGGUUUGAAGUUGGCUUCUCGAAAAUGGGCCGUGCAACGCACAGAUCACUCUAAUUAUCUGAAAUAAAAAAUCCACCAAUUUUUCGUUAAAAUAUAGUAAUACGCUUUGUAUCAACCUAGAUUAAAAAAAAAUUUCUAAUUUAAAAUUUCACGCCAUGUUAAAAAAAUCUUGUUAUAAAAAAAAAUGAUUAAAAACAUUGUUUAUUUCAAUUUUUAUAAAUAGCUUUAGGUUGAUGCAAAGGAGAAUAGUUUAAGGAAUAUUUUGUGCCAAGUUUCAUAGCAAUCGGCUGAGAAAUCUCUAAGCUACAUUGCACGGCACGCGAAAUUCUGUGUUUGAAGAAAAAUGCGUUUAAAGUUUCCGGAUCUAAAAAUAGUCCUUCGUGAAGCUUACAAAUUAUUUGAAAUUAAGCAGCUAUACCAGGGCCGUAUAAUAAACGUUCUUUUUCCUCAAAUUCGCUCAGCAAUGCCGCUUGUUUCUCUCUUUGGGCAGUUCCUUCCUCUUUUGUGCUCUCGAGGCUGCGACACUCCUGUCUGCUAAUACGGUGCAUGUCCAUACGUAUCGGCGAAAUGCUUACACUGGAGUCCGAUUUGCAGUUGUAAAUCAUUCAUAACAUUUAAAAUGAAGGUGUAUCCUUCAUUAAACAUGCCGGCAGCCAAAUGUGGAGCAAUUUCAAUGAUUUUUGAGCCGCAGUUGAGAUGUUUCGGGGCCAGACGCCACACAGUAGCGUUAAAAAUUUCAUUUGCGUUUUGCGUAUAGCCGCCUAAGCAUCUCUCAAGCAAAUCAUCGCGAGACAAAGCUUUGUAUAUUGGUAAGAUGGCCUUCUGCACGUCUGGAUGUAGUGGAGGGGGAUAAGUAAAAGCCUGUAAAUUAUUUUGUACUUCGGCAAUGCGGUAAGCACACUAUGAGUCGCAUCACUUUAAUGACUCUGUAGGUACACUUAGACUUUGAAGUUUUAGCUGAAAUGGUCGGAGCACAUUCUUCAGAUGGUAAACUAAUUUUCUAAACAAAAAAAAAGGUCAAAAUUUUGAAUUUUACUUAACCCUCCCCCCUUAAAAAUCGAAUAGUAGCGUCAUUUGUGGCAAAACGCCCAAGUUUGUCGAAAAAUAGUUUUUGAUUUUUAACACUAGAUGGCACUACCAAUA